GGUGAGACAGUCAGACCAAUCGAAGUGUGCUGGCGGGUCGCCGCCUUUAUGCGGAGCAUGUCGAUCUCGCCCUCUAGUGCGGCUAAUGGACCGCCUUCACACGCCUCCAGCUCCAGAAUCAGGAGAGAGAUUGCUUCACACGCCUUUCAAUUCUCCAGCCCUGAGGGAUCGAAGAGGAAGACACUUGUUGUGGCACAGAGUGAUGAAGAGCAGUACGCAUAGGACGCCGUUAGUGUUCAUCAAACAGUGAAAACAUUCACAUGCGUGAUCAUUUACUGAGCGCUGCGUUCGGAUCUCCAAACUUUCAAAGACGCGAGCGAUGUGGACAGAUGUGCUGCUGAUCCAGAUCUGAAUCAUCGAGACAAAAGAGAAGAGGAAGAUCACUGGAGGAGAAGAGAAAGACAGAAGGCUGUUAGAAAGUGAAGACAGAGGAAGAAAAAGAGAGACAUGAUGGAUCCGUUACCUGUGGAUUCAGGAACAGUGGAUGAGUUGGUGGACUUCUGCAUACAAUCCUUUGACAGUGAAGGCACAAUUAAAAAUACCUCCUUUGUGAAAAUGUUUCUGAUGAUGCAUCCUUGGUACAUAUCUUCCACCGAUCUAUCCAAGAAACUGCUGCUAAAGUCACAGGAAGGCAGCACCGAAGAUAUCAAAGCCAAACUAUGCCACCUCGUCAAGUACUGGAUUUCCGAAUUUCCAGUAGAGUUCGAUCUGAAUCCUGCUUUGGCUGACCAGAUAAAAGACCUGAGAGAGAACCUGAAUGCUGGCGGCAAUGAAACACAGAGUCAAUUGAUUGAUGUAGAGAGUGUUCCCUCGUAUAAAUGGAAACGGCAGGUUACCCAAAGAGUUCCAUCAAUGUCAAAAAAGAGAAAAAUGUCUCUUUUGUUUGAUCACCUGGACCCCUGUGAGCUUGCUGAACAUCUGACCUAUCUGGAGUACAAAUCCUUCUGCAAGAUAAUGUUUCAGGAUUACCACAGCUUUGUGAUGCAUGGCUGUACGGUAGAUAACCCCAUCCUGGAGAGGUUUAUUACGCUCUUUAACAGCGUCUCGCAGUGGAUUCAGCUGAUGGUUCUGAGUAAACCCACCGCACCGCAGAGAGCGGCUGUGAUCGCACACUUCUUACAGGUUGCACAGAAACUACUGCAGCUGCAGAAUUUCAACACGCUGAUGGCGGUGGUCGGGGGUCUCAAUAACAGCUCCAUCUCUAGGCUGAAGGAGACACAGGCACACAUCAGCAGUGAAACUAAUAAGAUCUUUAACACUUUGCUGGACCUGCUGACGUCCUGUGGAAACUAUAGUCAGUACCGUCGCCGAUUCGCUGAAUGCACUGGUUUCCGAUUCCCAAUCUUGGCUGUUAACCUCAAGGACUUGAUAGCUGUUCAUGUCGCUCUUGCGGACUGGACAGACCCACAGAAGACUCAAGUCAACUUGACUAAAACUCAGCAGCUCUAUGCCAUCCUGCAGGAAUUGGCUCUCGUGCAGAACAAUCCUCCUAACAUCGAGGCCAACACAGACUUGCUCAAUCUACUUACAGUGUCACUGGAUCAGUACCACACAGAAGAAGAGAUUUAUCAGCUCUCAUUACAGAGGGAACCCAGAGCUGCAAAACCAGCGAACUCAACCUCCUCCUCCAGUUCAGCUCCUAAACAGCCAUCAAUGAUUGAUGAGUGGGCAGCGUCAGUCAAGCCUAAAGCUGAUCCUGCUAUCAUCAGCAAACAUAUCGAGAAGAUGGUGGAAUCUGUGUUCAAGAAUUUCGACUCAAACGGCGACGGCUUCAUCUCACGUGAAGAGUUUGAAUGUAUCAGGAAUAACUUCCCUUAUCUCAGCAAGUUUGGAGAACUCGAUAAAAAUCAGGAUGGAAAGAUCAGCAGGGAGGAGAUGAUAGAUUACUUCAUGAAGGCCAGUUCUUUGCUCAACUGUAAGAUGGGCUUCAUACACACCUUUAUUGAGACCACAUAUGUGAAACCCACCUUCUGCGAACACUGCGCUGGCUUUAUAUGGGGCUUUUAUAAACAAGGAUACAAAUGCAAAGUAUGUGGUGUGAACUGUCAUAAAGCAUGUCAUGGACGCCUGACGGUCGAAUGCCGUAAAAGAACGAAGAGCAUCAGUCAUGAGACACCACCGUCACUGCAGUCCAGAUCCUACAGCUUUCCUCUGCCCAGCAAUGCCCCGUCUAACCUGCAGAACACAGUCAUCACAGAAGAGGAUGUAGAGGCAGCUGAACAGGGUGUUUUUGACUGUCACCUCUAAACUGGCUGUACAGACUUCACAAAUGAUCAGCAUGUCAACAAGGAGUCUUGUGUUGAGGCAAAUUUCUUCCAAUCACACCUAGCACAACAAUGUUGAAGGAUAAAAGCUCUAGAGUAAGGGUUGAACUGUGGGAUCACAGCCUGACACACAUGGUGAGACAUGGACAUGCUGCUAUCUGCUGGACUGAAGCUGCAACUGAUCAGCCACCUCUUCCCCGCUGAAGUCUGAAUGUAUUCUCACACAUAUCUCAAAAUCUCAAGCAUAUUUGUAGGAUUUAUCAUUAUGGUGUACAUUCUAACCAGGUUGCUUGAAAGACAUUGUAAUCUUACUUUUAUAAAUAAAAAAAUAGGAAAGAAAAGAAAAGAAAAUAAAGAAAGAGAAGGAGGAAUUUUCAGUGACUCUGUUCUGAGGUACAAAGGUUUUUAUUAUUAUUAUUUUAAGUACUUUCACUGUAGUAAUAAGAUCUUUUUGUGAAUGCAACUAAAUUGGAGCUUAAUGUCACCAAAGCAGUCAUGGCUGAAUUUCUGUGUAAACUCAUGGUGGCAUAGAUCAGGUGUGUUGCAUCUGAAAUAUUAUGCAAUCAACUGUGAUGUUAUUUAAACCUUUGAUUUUAUUGAAUCAAAA